GGCGACCAAAAACAACCCCGUUCAUAUUUUCCCACCCCUCCUCACUAUCUACCACUCCCCCGUUACAGUUCUUUCUUUCUCCGUUUUCAUCAGAAAUCACAUUCACUCACCAUGUCUGACGUCGCUGAAACCAAGCCCGACCCCGCCAUCAGCGCUCCUGAGGGCGCUGAGAAGGCCGAGGAGACCACCACCAACACUGCCGAGACCAAGCCUGAGGAGACCCAGUCAGCUACCGAAACCGCUGCUGAAACCGUCAAGGACGCUGCCACCAAGACCACCGACAGCGUCUUCUCCAUGUUCGGCGGCGGCCCCAAGAAGGAGAAGCAGGAGGAGCCCGAGGACGCCAAGGAUGAGCCUUCUGGCUCUUCCAAGGCCCAGAAGGGUGAAGAUGAGGACGAAGCCCCCGAGUCCCCUGAUGUUCACUUCGAGCCUGUCAUCCGCCUGACCGAGAAGGUGGAGACCAAGACCAACGAGGAGCUGGAGGAACAGACCUUCAAGAUGCGUGCCAAGCUGUUCAAGUUCGACCGUGACAGCAAGGAGUGGAAGGAGCGUGGCACUGGUGACGUGCGCCUGCUUAAGCACAAGGAGAACCAGAAGACCCGUCUGGUGAUGCGCCGCGACAAGACCCUCAAGGUCUGCGCCAACCACUACAUCGUCCCCGACAUGAAGUUGAGCCCCAACGUUGGCAGCGACCGCAGUUGGGUCUGGAACGCUGCCGCCGAUGUCUCCGAGGGUGAGCCCGAGGCUCAGACCCUGGCCAUCCGUUUCGCUAACAGCGAGAACGCCAACCUGUUCAAGGACGCUUUUGAGAAGGCUCAGCAAGAGAACGAGAAGCUGCUCAGCCAGAAUAAGGAUUCUGGCGUUGAGGGCUUCCCCCUCCGAUCAUGGUCAAUCGAAAUUUACGUUGUCAACGAACACGGCGAACAGGUGCCUGCAAAUGUUUUCGACAAGGUGACAUACACGUUGCACCCUAGUUUCGGCGAAAGGGCCGUUCAGGUCUUCAAGAACCCCCCGUUCAGAAUCUCGGAAGAGGGAUGGGGUGAGUUCGACAUGCAGAUUGGCCUCACUGCCGCCGACAAGGAACACUUUGUUACGCACGAUCUGAACUUCGCCCAGCCGCGUUAUGAAUCCAAACAUGUUAUUACGUUCAAGAACCCCAAGCCCGCCCUUCUAGCGGCCCUCCGCGAAUCGGGACCUGUCCCUGGAGAUGAGAAUGGCGUGAAGUCGAAACGCUCCGCAGCCGGAGAGGAGGGAUCUAAGAAAAAGAAGCGGAUGGAGAAAAGCGUUGACAUGGACAAGUUGGCCGACGGUCUGCAGCGACUCGGCGAGGAUGACCUUCUUCAGGUUGUACAAAUGGUGCAUGACAACAAAGCCCCGGACUCGUAUACUAAGAACGAUGUUGAACAGGGAGAAUUCCACGUCGAUCUUUACACCCUGCCAGAUACCUUAAUUAAGAUGCUGUGGGAUUUCACGCAGGAGAAAGGCGCUUUGUGAAGCAGUUUUUUUUUUUGGGCGAUCGCUAUUGUAUUCUGUUUUCCACGUUACUUUUUGCAUCUAUGAUCCUUCCUACUACUACUACUACUACUGACUAGCUACUACCUUCCUUGUCUACCUAUCUAUCUCCCUCUAGUGUAUUCUUUGGCUUUUGAAAAGGAAAUAAAUGGAAUGGAAUGGCCGUACAGUAAACAAGCAAGAAAAAAAGAAUAAAAG